AUGGCGACCUCUAUAUUUCGAUCUGGACGGUUGGCCGAAAGGUUGACUUUAAAACAAGUUGCAAGAGUACUGACAGCACACAACAAUGUGGUCCCAUCCUGUGUUGGGGGAUGUUUGUAUCAGCAGCAGCGGAACCUGUCCAUACACGAGCACAUGUCCAUGGAGCUCCUCCAGAAAGCCGGUGUGGCAGUUCCAAGAUUUAAGGUGGCCAAAACACCAGAUGAGGUCUACAAUUAUGCUAAAGAGUUGUCCAAGCUUUCGGGUAAACCUGAUGUUGUUAUCAAGGCACAGGUGUUAGCUGGAGGAAGAGGCAAGGGAUCUUGGGACAGUGGUCUGAAAGGUGGUGUCAAGCUGGUCUAUUCAGCUGAUGAGGCCAGAGAGUUGGCUACCAAGAUGAUUGGUCACAAGUUGUUCACGAAACAGACAGGAAGUGAUGGAAGAAUUUGUAAUAAGGUCAUGAUUGUAGAAAGGUUGUACAUCAGAAGGGAGUUCUAUUUCGCAAUCACAAUGGAGAGGAGUUUUGGGGGUCCAGUCCUUGUAGGGAGCUCACAAGGUGGAGUGAACAUUGAAGAGGUGGCUGCAGAAAGCCCUAAUGCCAUUAUCAAAGAACCUGUAGACAUCAUUGCAGGCAUUACCAAGGAUCAGGCUCUCUACGUGGCCAAGGAGAUGGGCUUCAGCCAGAACUCUCUGGAUAAAGCAAGUGAUUACAUUAUCAAAAUGUACAAGGACAUCUUUCUGAAGUUUGAUGCCUCCAUGGUGGAGAUCAACCCUAUGACUGAAGACAAUAAUGGCAAUGUCUUCUGCAUGGAUGCCAAAAUCAACUUUGAUGACAAUGCAUAUUACAGACAGAAGGAAAUUUUUGCUCUCAGAGACUGGAGCCAGGAAGAUGAGAGAGACUACAGAGCUGCCCAGGCAGAUCUCAACUACAUAGCUCUUGAUGGUAACAUUGGCUGCUUGGUUAAUGGUGCGGGUCUAGCCAUGGCUACGAUGGACAUCAUCAAACUCCAUGGUGGUACCCCUGCCAACUUCUUGGAUGUUGGGGGAGGAGCCACAGCUCAGCAGGUCACAGAGGCGUUCAAGCUGAUCACUUCUGACAAGCAAGUCAAUGCGAUCUUGGUGAACAUUUUCGGAGGAAUCAUGCGUUGUGAUGUCAUAGCUCAGGGUAUUGUGGCUGCAGCAGAGCAGCUGUCCCUGAAAGUACCCAUUGUGGUCCGGUUGCAAGGUACUCGAGUAGAUGAUGCUAAAGCCAUUAUAGCCGCUAGCGGGUUGAAAAUCUUAGCCUGUGAUAACCUGGAUGAAGCUGCCAGUAUGGUUGUCAAACUGUCCAACAUUGUGACCCUGGCCAGAGAAGCUGCCGUAGAUGUUAAGUUUGAGCUGCCACUGAACAACUCGACAGAUCUCAAGUAG